UCAAAUGUCAAGAAAAAUGACAUGGUGGGAGUGUUGUCGUCAGUUGUCAUUUUGUUUUACAAGUUACAAACAUAGAAAAUAAGAAAUGUUACUAAAUACAUAGAGCUCCAAAUUAUUCAAAUAUGCCUUAUUUAAGUGUCUGAUAAUUAUCGGUAUUAAUCUGUUGUAUCUCUCAAUCAUGGAUGAGAAAGAAGAGUUGCAUCUAACCUCGCAAGAAUUGCAAGUUUUGUCGGAACUUGACAGCCGCCAAUUUGGGUUCCUGAAACUCCGUGGGAAUGAACAUGGCCGCACUCGAGCUCUGGUGCUUAAAGCAGUCAAGUAUCUGGAAGGCAUGCUUGUUCAAGUCAAGGAAGAAGAGCGAGCAUGUUCCCCAGGAGCCAGGCGGGACAUCUGCAUUGAUCCUAAGACUUAUUGCAAACUGGGACACUUCCAUCUUCUACUGGAAGAUUAUGCUAAAGCUAUGUCAGCAUACCAGAAGUUCUACGCACUGGAGCAAGACAACUGGAAGGAUCCUCUGUUUCUGUACGGACUUGGUCUCUGUUAUUACCACUACAAUGCCUUCGAAUGGGCGACGAAGGCGUUGCAAAUGGCUCUGUACGUGUCGCCGGGUUUCUCUCGGGCGGCAGACGCGCACCUGCGGCUGGCGCUGAUGUUCAAGGCGCGCCGGCACUGGGCGGCGGCGGCGGCGCACUUCCGGCGCGCUCGCCUCGCGCCGCACCAGGACGCCACCUUCACGCGGCUGGAGCUCAGCUUCCACGCCGCUCAUCUCCUCGAGGCGAAGGGGCUCCGCAAGCUGGCCAGGGACGCCUACGAGCGCCUGCUCAAGGAGCCGCAACUGUCCUCGGCGCUGAAGGCCGACGUCUGCAGGCAAUUAGGGUGGCUGUACCACCGCUGCGCGUCCCUUGGCGAGCCUGCCGCCCGCGCGCGCGCCGCCAUAUGGUGCCUUCAGCGCGCGGUCAACGCGGAGCCCGACUCGGGCGCAGGCCUGUACCUCCUCGGCCGCUGCUUCGCCGCGCAGGGCAAGGUGCACGACGCGUUCAUAGUCUACAGAAACUCCGUGGAGAAAUCUGAGGGGAACGCCGACACCUGGUGCUCGAUAGGGGUGCUGUAUCAGCAGCAGAAUCAGCCGAUGGACGCGUUGCAGGCGUACAUCUGUGCGGUGCAAUUGGACAAGGGCCACUCGGCCGCGUGGACCAACUUAGGAAGUUUAUACGAGAGCUGCCAGAUGCCCAGGGAUGCCUUCGCGUGUUACACCAAUGGAGGCACGGCGGCUACCGCCUCCAAUGCGGCGUUGAGGCAGAGGCUGGCCUUUUUAAGAGCGCAUCUGGCGCACGCGCCGAUGCCAUCUGUCACCGGGAAACGGCGGCAGCUGCCAUCUAUCGAGGAGGCGUGGAACCUGCCGAUCUCUGCCGAGAUGUCGUCGCGCGCGCCCAAGUCGGCGCCGCCGCCGUACCCCGGCAAGCGGCCCGACGAGCCGCCGCCGCUCACGCACCACCAGCUGCAGACGCUGCAGUACCUGCAAAGGAACUCGCACAACCUCUCGCCGCACCAACAAGCGUUGAUGCAGCAACUGUUAUCACAGUAUCGUCUCGCGCAGGCAGCGCGGGCGCGUACGGUGACCAAAAGCGAAGGUAGCAGUAGUGCGUCGACCGGCGACAACGCCGAGUCGCUCGCCGAAGAUCUGUUGAAACGAUUCUCAGACUCGCAGCCUGAUAUCAAGAAGGAACCUGUCACAACAGAGAGCGGCAGCGCGGGCGCGUGCGUGGGGGCGGGCGGCGACGUGGUGCUGGGCGGGCGGCAGCCGGUCGUCAAGCUCGAGCCGCUCAAGACCGACCCGCUCAAGCCCGUCGCCUUCCACAGCGGCAUGACUGCGAAGCAGAUACUCGACGCCUGCAAGGAAAACGCGGGCCCCCCCACAGCGUGGUCGGUGCUGGGCGACGGCUGCGGGCCGCCGGAGCCGCCCGCCGUGCCGCCGCCGCGCCUGUCGCCCGAGCAGCUGGCGCCGCCCGCGCCCUUCGUGUACGUGGAGUCCAAGCGCGACGCCUUCUCGCCGCAGCUGCAGGACUUCUGCCUCAAGCACCCCAUCGCCGUCGUGCGCGGGCUCACGGCCGCGCUCAAGCUGGACCUCGGCCUGUUCUCCACCAAGACGCUCGUGGAGGCCUGGCCCGACCACGCCGUCGAGGUGCGCACGCAGCUCAUGCAGUCCGCCGACGAGAACUGGGACCCCACCGGCCGCCGCCGCGUGUGGGCCUGCGCCUCGCACCGCUCGCACACCACCGUGCGCAAGUACGCGCAGUACCAGGCCGGCUCCUUCCAGGACUCGCUGCGCGACGAGCGCGAGCGCGGCGGCGCCGGCGCCGCGGCCGGCGCGCUGUCCGACUCCGACGGCCGCGAGUCCGGCUCCGGCCCGGCCAAGCGCCGCCGCGGCGCGCGCAUGCUGCGCUUCGGCACCAACGUCGACCUGUCCGACGAGCGCAAGUGGCGGCCGCAGCUGACCGAGCUGCAGAAGCUGCCGGCCUUCGCGCGCGUGGCCUCCGCCGCCAACAUGCUGUCGCACGUCGGCCACGUGAUCCUCGGCAUGAACACCGUGCAGCUGUACAUGAAGGUGCCCGGCAGCCGCACGCCCGGCCACCAGGAGAACAACAACUUCUGCUCGAUCAACAUCAACAUCGGGCCCGGCGACUGCGAGUGGUUCGGCGUGCCCGACGCCUACUGGGGCGGCGUGCGCGAGCUGUGCGAGCGGCACGGGCUGUCGUACCUGCACGGCUCGUGGUGGCCGGACCCCGACGAGCUGCGCGCGCACGGCGUGCCCGUGUUCCGCUUCACGCAGCGCCCGGGCGACCUCGUGUGGGUCAACGCCGGCUGCGUGCACUGGGUGCAGGCCACCGGCUGGUGCAACAACAUCGCCUGGAACGUCGGCCCGCUCACGGCGCGCCAGUACGCGCUCGCGCUCGAGCGCUACGAGUGGAACAAGGUGCAGAACUUCAAGUCGAUCGUGCCCAUGGUGCACCUCACGUGGAACCUGGCGCGCAACAUCCGCGUGUCGGACCCGCGCCUGCACCGCGCCAUGCGCACGUGCCUGGCGCAGACGCUGCGCGCGGCGGCCGGCACGCUGGCGGCGGUGCGCGCGCGCGGCGUGGCGGUGCGCUUCCACGGGCGCGCGCGCGGCGAGGCGUCGCACUACUGCGGCGCGUGCGAGCGCGAGGUGUGGCACGCGCUGCUGGUGCGCGAGCACGAGCGCCGGCACGUGGUGCACUGCCUGGCGUGCGCGCGGCGCGCGUCGCCGGCGCUGGCGGGCUUCCUGUGCCUGGAGGAGCACCACGUGGACGAGCUGGCGCAGGUGUACGACGCGUUCGCGCUGCACCGGCCCGCGCCGCCGCCGCCCGCGCCCGCGCCGCCGCCGCUGACGCCGGACUGAGCGCCGCGCGCGUGGCGCCCCCCAGUAUUAGACGCCGACCGCCUCGAUCGUUCCGUGUGCGUGUGUCGAUCCCGCGCGACCCGUUUUCGGUCGCGAUAGAGUAUUUUGGUGAUAAAUUGUAAUUUUGUAAUGCGAAAAUGUUUACACACGUAGCCGUUUACACGCUCCUCGAUCACUUUUGUAAUUGUGCGAGAUAAGAUAAUGUACAGAGUCAAUUCCUGGCGACGGUGGCCGGCUUUUGUUGCGCACGAGACGUAUGGCGGGGCCUCGGGCGAGUAGCGAGUAGUGCUAGUGCUAGCGACACUAGACGGGUAGAGUGUGGGCCAGAGGCGGGCGUGAGAGCCGCCGGCCGCACGGGAGAGGACGGCCCGCCGAGUCUCGGCGCUUAGGUGUUCACCGCGAUAUAAAUGUGUUAUUUUUGUAUAGAGGCAUAUUUAUUUAUUUUUAUCGUACUGUGACUGCGUUAGUUUGAUUUUAUAGUACAGUCUCAUAGUGAAUUAGUAGUUUGUAAGUGUACUGCACGGUGAGGGACUUUGCGUUUUAGCAGGGUCUGGAGAAUAGUGCUGCGAUGUCCCAAAGAAUGUUAUACUCGUAUAGGCAAGUGACUAAAGGAAAAUUGUAUGAAACGGUUUAUUUGACUGGGCCCGAUUCUGAGAUUGUUAUUGUCUCUAAAACUAAUCCCCAUAUUGUAUGUCUGUUUUCAAGCAUGAUUUCUUGCUGAGCAAAGAUUGAACUCAAGCUUAUUUAUGCCUUAUUAACGUUCAUUCAAUAGGGACCAAUUUGACUUGCAUAAAGUCUUUGCUCAAGAAGAAUUUCUGCUUGAAGAUCGAUAAAACAAAUGGAGACCUACAUACAUAAUAUUAAACUUAAUUUCAUUGUUCUAAUUUGGUGGUUAUUUUAAUUUAAUAUUAGGGAAAACAAACGCUGACUAUUAGUUUAAAUUAAGCAACCUGGAAUCGGGCUCAUAAUCUCAUUAUUAUUGCUGCCUGUUUUGUCAUGUUUGGGAUUCGACAUUAAAAUUAGGUUUGUUAACUAAAUUGACUGUUCUUUCGUCUGAAUUCGAAUAUAAAUUAGUCAUAAUUAAACUCGUUUCAAGGAUUGGCGUAUAUUAGAAUGGAUUAGGGCGAGUAAGCUCAGGGUUGGCAGUACGCGGGACGGCCGCCGCGACACCGUCGUUUGUUGUUUCUCUUGAAGUUUUAUUGAUGUGUUAGUGAGAUUUCAAUGUUAAGUAUUUGCGUUCCAAGGUGUCGCGGCGGUCAGCGAAGGUUUGCAAAGAGGAAGUAUAGUCGGAUUUUGUAUAGCGAAUGCCGAUAAUUUAUAAGUAAUUAUAACAUCACUGCCAUGUAUGACCUUACUGUUUAUACUGUAAUAUUACAUUUUAAUAAACAAAAUUGAGUACGGA